AUGUCGACGGAGCAGCCGGAGAUAACAGACACAGUCCGUGUCGCGGCGAACUUGAAGCCCCAGCGGGUGCUGGCGUGCCAGAUGUGCCAGCAACGGAAAGUCAAGUGCGACCGCAAGUUUCCCUGCGCAAACUGUCUCCGCAAUGGCGCCCAGUGUGUUCCUGCCACGAUCCCGCGAGAGCGCCGCCGUAGGUUUCCAGAGCGGGAACUGCUGGCCCGCAUCCGCCAUUACGAGGCCCUGCUCCAUCAGCACAACAUCAAUUUCGAGCCCUUGCACCCGUCGCAUCAUCCUUCUGCCGGUAUUACCGCCGCUGAAAAUCAGCCAGGGUCGUCUCCUCUCAGUGGUGGCAGUCCUGUGACCCCGAGCAGCACGGUACAGCCACAGGUCAACUCCCUGCUUGCCACCAAAACAAGACCUGCCAACCUCUGGCACGCCGUAGGCCAAAAGAGUUCUGAUGCCGAGGAUGACGAUGAUGAGGCCGACAGUGGCUUCCUUCACAACCAGGAUGAUCUGCGGGAUGCUGUCAUCAAGAACGCGUGGGACCAUCACACGUACAACAAUGACUUGGAAAACACGCACCAUCUUCUGUUCGGCUCACCCGUGAGCAAAGUCGACCUAGCCACCUUGCACCCGGAACAGGCCAAAAUCUUGCGACUGUGGCAGAUCUAUCUCGACAACGUGAAUCCUCUGCUGAAGGUCACCCACACGCCCAGCUUGCAGGGGCGCAUCAUCGACGCUGUCGGUGACCUUACAAACCUCGGAGCACCAUUAGAAGCCCUUCUCUUCAGCAUCUACUGCGUCUCUGUCCUGAGUCUUCUCGAUGAUCAAUGCCACACCCUGUUUGGAUCUCGCAAGAACGAUCUUUUAACAGGCUAUCAGUUCGCAUGUCGGCAAGCGCUGCUCAAUGCGAAUGUCCUACAGUCUAGUGAUCAUGACUGCCUUACGGCUUUGUACCUUUACCUAGUAUCCGUCAGACCCGAAACAGAUCCUCGAUCACUCUCGUCCAUGUUGGCCGUUGCCAUCCGCAUCGCGCAACGCAUGGGCUACCACAACGAAUCCAACCAUGCGAAAUGCAGCGCGCUGGAGGCGGAGAUGCGUCGAAGGUUGUGGUGGUCGCUGGUCAUCUUUGACAAUCGCAUUUGCGAGAUGUUCAACUACAGGACUGCGACGCUGGCUCCGACUUGGAACUGCAGGACUCCUCUCAACCUGAAUGAUUUCGAGCUCCUACCAGACAUGAAGGCCGUUCCACGAGUUCACACGAACCCUACCGAGGCAGUAUUCGUGGUUGUGCGCAGCCAACUAAGCGACUUUGUCCGCCACUGCGCCUUUCACCUCGACUUCAUCGAUCCAUUGCUGACUACGUUUGCCCAGGCCAAAGAUGCUGCAACCGGCGGCGCCGCUCCAUUGGGAGGCCGCAAUGCGCUCGAGCUGCAAAGGGCCGUUGAGGAGGGGACUCUUGCGCACUGCGAUCCGGCAAACCCGCUCCAUUUCAUGACAAUAUGGACCGCGCGAGCCUACAUGGCCAAGAUCUUGCUCCUCGAACACUGCUCGAGGCAUGCAAAAUCCAAGUCCGCGCAGCCGCUAGCCGAUCCACAACAACAGCAACACCACAACCCUGGCGUUGGGUAUGCACUUAACAUGAUCGAAUGCGACACCAAACUCAUGUCGUCACCUCUAACAAAGGGCUACCGCUGGCAUAUCGAGUAUCAUUUCCCUUUCCUCGCCUACACCUACCUGCUCCAGCAUUUAAAGAAGCAGCCCAGAGACGACAGUGCUGCACAAGCCUGGGAGGUGAUGAGCGACUGCUUCGAGGCUCGCGGUUUGGGUUCGUCAGAGUACUACAACUCGCCGUUCUUAGUUCUCCUGUCACGGCUCGUCCUGCAAGCUUGGGAGGCGCGUGAUCAACAACAGCAACAACAACAACAAGGUGAUGACGCCAGCCUUGACAGGUCGCCGCCAGUGGAGACAAGACCACCACCACGGAUCGUGGCGAGCAUCAGCGCCAAGAUUGGAUUCACUCGCGCGGCACAGGGCAAUGCCAUCAUGGAGCAGGAGCAGCCUAGCGGUGAUGUAGGAAAUAGUACUAUUAGUCUGGACCCAUCUUCCGCGGAUCCAUCACUACACAUGAACAUGGGUGGGAACCCGAUCGCUGCACCGCCGUCCUUUGCAGUACCGCCGGCACCUGGAGGUGGAUUACCAGACAUGUUCGCCGGAUCGGGUAUGAUGGACUUGGAGCAAUUAUGGCCUGCGAUGGACCUAGGGCUGAUGCAGAGGCGGCAUUGGUGA